AGCCAUUGAGUGAGAAAGUGGCCAUCUCUCUCUAUUUCUUAAUCAUCAUCAUUAGCCCAUAAGAAAAAAAAUUAUAAAUCCAACAAAAGGUGCAAGGUGGUAAAGGAAAGAAAAGUAAAUUCAUACAAGCAAAGCAAGAACCUGAUUCAAAGUUUUCUACAGAGAGAAAGAAACAAAACAAAGAAAGAGAGAGGUUUUGUUUGAAACAAAGAUAAACAAGAAAAAAAGAAUUAUGUGAUAAAAGAUUUCAAAAGAAAAACUGGGAGCAUCUUCUAUAAGAAAGGAGAGGCAGCAUAAAGACAGACUUCUCUGGCUGCUGCUGCUGCUGCAGCUCCUCCUCCUCCUGCCCUUUCCCUUCUUUUGCUUAAUUCCUUCUCCUUAGGUUUCAUUGCAAAAACUGGGCCUUACAUAAGAUAGUAGUUAAUUGUACAGAACAUUUGAGUUUUGACCAUCCAGGUGGAGGCAGUAAUGCUACGAACAUGGGGAAGAAAGGGAGCUGGUUUUCUGCAAUCAAGAAGGUCUUUCUACCCCACUCCAAGGACAAGCUAACCGAUGAAUCAGAUAGGAAAAGCACAAAAGAAAAGAAGAAGAAGAGGGGGCUAGGAAAACUAAAGCGUGCUGAUACAAAUUCAUUCAUUCCCCUGUUUAGAGAACCAAGUAGCAUUGAGAAAAUUUUGGAUGAGGCUGAAAGGGAGCAUAAGUUAAUUUUCAGGCCUCCCACUCCUCCUGAGCAACCAAAAACACCUCCUUUUGUGCCAGCAAGAGUUCCUUCUCCAAGGGUUCCUUCUCAAAGAGUUACCUCCCCAAGAUUUGCUUCUCCUAGAGUUUCUUCCCCCAGAGCUGCAUCUCCAAGGGUUGCUUCCCCAAGGGCAGCUUCUCCUAAGAAUGUUCAACGUCAUAAGGAGACAUACUACAGACCAGAACCUACUCUGAGGAACCAUCAUGCGUCAGCUACCAAGAUCCAAGCAGCCUAUAGAGGCUAUGCUGCAAGAAGGAGCUUUAGAUCACUGAAGGGCCUGGUCAGGCUUCAAGGAGUGGUAAGAGGACAGAGUGUGAAACGGCAGACAAUGAAUGCAAUGAAAUGCAUGCAGCUAUUGGUCCGGGUCCAAUCUCAGAUUCAGUCACGGAGAAUCCAGAUGUUGGAAAACCAAGCACGGCAUCAUGCUCAAUACAGGAAUGAUAAAGAAGUAGAGAGUACCUUGGGCAAAUGGAGCCUGGCUUCUGAGGCAGGUAAUGAAGAUUGGGAUGACAGCUUGCUAACAAAAGAGGAAAUUGAGGCAAGGCUGCAGAGAAAGGUGAAUGCAGCUAUCAAGAGAGAAAGAGCCAUGGCAUAUGCAUAUUCCCACCAGUUAUGGAAAUCAACUCCAAAAUCUGCUCAAUCAACUCUAGCGGACAUUCGAUCCAAUGGGUUUCCAUGGUGGUGGAACUGGUUAGAACGUCAAAUACAUCCAACAAAUCCUCCUGAAAGCCAAGCCAUAAAGAAUUUUCAAUUUACACCGCCAAGGCCACAUUCCGAGAUGAAGCCUAGCCCACGGCCAUCAUCAAGCAACCACAAGCAACAGCAUUUUGGGUUUGAUAGUAUGGACACUCCCACACCAAGAUCCAGUAAAUCAGUUGCAUUUGUGUCGGCGAGACAAGUACGGACUCCUGUACACAGAACUCCACAAGCAAACACCUCAAGCUUGUCAAAAUAUUCAAGAGCAAGAGCUAAUGGAGGUGAAUCCCCAUUCGACUUGCCAUUGAAGGACAAUGACAGCCUCACAAGUUGCCCACCCUUUUCGGUACCAAACUACAUGGUUUCUACAGUUUCAGCCAAAGCUAAAGCAAGAGCUAACAGCAAUCCCAAGGAGGGGUUUCCAGGGACCCCAAGCAGUGAAAAAAGGAGGCUUUCAUUCCCUUUGACACAAGGCGUUGGAUCAUUCAAGUGGAACAAAGGGUCCUCAUUCUCUAACAAGGAUUCAAGUUCUCAAAGGGGUUUAGAUAAACAUGAGUCACUUCAAUCCAUAGGAAAUUUGAGUGUGGAUUCAACCGUCUCUAUGCCUGCCACGGUUGGUAGAAAGCCAUUUAACCGAUUUGUGUGAUUUUACUUUUCAUAAAUUUUUAACAAUUUUUUUUUCAUACUUUUUGGUGUCAUUUGAUUGAGUGUAUGGUGAUAUUUUGAGUCCUAAAAUACUGAUGUAAUAUAAUAAAGCUAAAAAUAGGAAAUUAUGGUUUGAAUGUAA